AUGGAAGCUGCCACUAUCAAGAUGUCGAAAUUCCUCUACUCUCUAACGCUCGUCUUCGUUUUCCUAGCAACAACAAGCAUCCACAAAACAUCAGCCACUCCACCACCCUACACCCAAAACCACAAAACGUUCGUGAAAACGGCAUGCAACUCGACAACAUACCCCGACAAAUGCUACAAGUCCUUAUCCUCCUACUCCUCGGCCAUCAAAUCCGACCCGAUCAAGCUAUGCGCCACCGCGCUUAGCCUCACCGUAAAAUCCGCAAAGGACGCGGCUUCCACCGUCUCUAAGCUUCUCAAAAAGUCUCAGAAAUCCGCGGCGGGACGAAGAAAUAAAAUGCUACCGGAGACGCUUAUCCUCAAGGACUGCCUCGAGGAGAUGAAGGACACAAUUGUUGAGCUCAAGCAAGCCAUCACAGAGAUGAAGACUCUACGAGAUGGUGACUCCGUGGCUGAGCACAUGGCAAACGUGAGGACUUGGGUGAGCUCGGCUUUGACAGACGAAGGGACUUGUACGGACGGGUUCGAGGAGGUGAAAGUAAAUAAAGAAACGAAGAAGAAGGUAACGAAGGUUGUUGAGGAACUUGCAAGGACGACUAGUAAUACUUUGGCGCUUAUUACUAAUCUACGCUACUAG